CAUUUUAUUGAUGUGGCAACGUCCGGCUAUUGCAGAAAAAUUUCUUCGCACUUGCAAAACAAUAAUAUUAAUUUUAGUACAAUAUUAAUAGAAAAACAACGACGAGAAGCAGCGAAAAAGCACAAAGAACAUGUUUCGAUCAAGUUUUGACAAAAACUUAGAAAAUGCCACCAGCCAUUUGCGAUUGGAGCCCGACUGGCCCUCCAUUCUGCUCAUCUGCGAUGAGAUCAAUCAGAAAGAUGUCACUCCUAAGAACGCCUUUGCUGCCAUCAAAAAGAAGAUGAACUCACCAAAUCCGCACUCGUCCUGCUAUUCCCUUCUGGUCCUCGAGAGCAUCGUAAAGAACUGUGGAGCACCCGUUCACGAGGAGGUCUUCACCAAGGAGAAUUGCGAGAUGUUCAGCAGCUUCCUGGAGACCACGCCCCACGAGAACGUCCGCCAGAAGAUGCUGGAACUGGUGCAGACAUGGGCCAACGCCUUCCGCUCCUCGGACAAAUACCAGGCCAUCAAGGACACCAUGACCAUCCUAAAGGCCAAGGGGCACACUUUUCCCGAGCUUCGCGAGGCGGAUGCUAUGUUCACGGCGGACACGGCUCCCAAUUGGGCAGACGGAAGGGUGUGCCAUCGCUGUCGGGUGGAGUUCACCUUCACCAACCGGAAGCACCACUGCCGGAACUGCGGCCAGGUCUUCUGUGGCCAGUGCACCGCCAAGCAGUGUCCGCUGCCCAAGUACGGAAUCGAGAAGGAGGUGCGUGUAUGCGAUGGAUGCUUUGCUGCCCUCCAGCGUCCAACAAGCGGCAGCGGUGGCGCUAAGUCCGGAACGCGUCCGGCGGACAGCGAACUACCGGCGGAGUAUCUGAACAGCACUUUGGCUCAGCAGGUUCAGACACCAGCCCGCAAGACCGAGCAGGAACUCAAGGAGGAGGAGGAGCUGCAACUGGCCCUGGCACUCAGUCAAUCGGAGGCGGAGCAGCAGAAGCCCAAGCAGCAAUCCCAGUCAGCAGCAGCAGCGACUUCCUAUCGCCUGCAGCAGCGAUCUCCCAGUCCCGAAGCUCCACCCGAGCCCAGCAAGGAGUACGCACAGCAGCAGCAGCCACCGGAGGAGGCCAACAAUCCGGAGCUGGCCAAGUACUUGAACCGCAGCUACUGGGAGCAGCGCAAGAUUAGCGAGUCCUCCUCGAUGGCCAGUCCCUCGGCGCCGAGUCCCAUGCCACCGACACCGCAGCCGCAGCAGAUUAUGCCGCUGCAGCCGAAGAGUGCGGAUGAGGUGCAGAUCGAUGAGUUUGCCGCCAAUAUGCGCACUCAGGUGGAGAUCUUUGUGAACCGCAUGAAGUCCAAUUCGAGUCGUGGUCGCAGCAUCUCCAACGAUUCCUCAGUGCAGACCCUGUUCAUGACCCUGACUUCGUUGCACUCGCAGCAGUUGUCCUACAUCAAGGAGAUGGACGACAAGCGCAUGUGGUACGAGCAGCUGCAGGAUAAGCUCACCCAGAUCAAGGAUUCGAGGGCUGCGCUGGAUCAACUGCGGCAGGAGCAUGUGGAGAAGUUGCGCCGCAUUGCCGAGGAGCAGGAGCGCCAGAGGCAGAUGCAGAUGGCCCAGAAACUGGACAUAAUGCGCAAGAAGAAGCAAGAGUAUUUGCAGUACCAACGCCAGUUGGCCCUGCAGCGCAUCCAGGAGCAGGAGCGCGAGAUGCAGCUGCGCCAGGAGCAGCAGAAGGCGCAGUAUUUGAUGGGUCAGUCGGCUCCACCAUUCCCCUACAUGCCACCGUCUGCGUUGCCGCAACAUGGUUCCCCUUCGCAUCAGCUGAACAAUGUUUAUAAUCCAUAUGCUGCCGGAGUGCCCGGCUAUCCGGCUCCCAACGGACAUGGCCAGUUUCAGGCCAUUCCGCCGGGCAUGUACAAUCCGUCGAUGCAACAGCCAAUGCCACCGAAUCUUCAGCAGCAGCCUGGCGGAUUGAUGCAGCAGCCAGCGCCGCCUGGAAAUCCACAGAUGAUGCCGCCCAUGCCCGACAAUCAGUUCGCCAACAAUCCAGCAAUGGCACAGCAGCCCCCACAAAUUCCAUUUCAACAGCAGGCUCAUCCAAUUCCUGGUCAGCAGCCACAGCAAAUUCCUGGUCAGCAGCCACAACAAAUUCCUGGACAGCAGCCACAGCAAAUUCCUGGACAGCAGCCACAGCAAAUCGCAGUUCAGCAGCAACCUCAACCGCAAAUGGCUCACGUGAUGCUGCAGCAGCAGCAGAUUGUGCAAACCCAUCCGCCAUUGGCCAACCAGGCGCCUCCAGCUGCGCAGGCACCUCCUGUCACCGAAAUCGUGGCCAGCCAAGUCCAAGCGGUGGCUGCUGCACCUGCUCCACCUCAGAACGAACCAGGACCUGCGCCCAUUAAAGCUGAAGAGCCAGCCACAGCGGAACUAAUCAGUUUCGACUAAUCAAAUGUUAUUCAUUUUGUAUUACCCCUUUGGAGUUGGGUCGAAAACAGUUCUCGUGUGGAUGUCUCAUGCCAAAAACGUACGUUUUGUUAAGGAUAUUGGUGCCACUAUUCCAGUUUUAAGUGAGCCAUUUUAAAUGUUAAAUGAAUUUCCAAAUUAUUUAGUUCAUUGCGGUUAUCAGUUACUAUUCCAAACGCUUUCGUUACGAGAAAAAAAUAUGCUAAAUUUUAAUUUAAGUGCAAAUUUAGGGCGAAUGAAGAAAAGACAUUUAGAAAAUGCUAUGCGAGAUCUGUUUAAGCCGGAAGUCAGCUCUUUUAUCAAGUUUUAACCAUCCAAUGUUAUCCAAAAAAUAAAACUUAACUUUGAAUUUUGUGCAUCA